CCCUUCCAGUUGACUCGCAAUGGGACAGUGGAGUGUGCACAGGCGGACCUCCUUACCCUGGACGAUGUGUCCGAUGAGGACCUGGAUGUGGACAGUGUGGAGGUAGAUGACUGCUUCUUCCUGCAGCCGCUGCCCACCAAGAGGCGCCGGGCACUGCUGCGUGCCUCGGGCAUCUCCCGCAUAGAUGCCCGCGAGAAGGCCGAGCUGCGCGCCAUCCGUCUCUCACGGGAGGAGUGCGGCUGUGACUGUCGCUUCUACUGCGACCCACGCCACUGUGGCUGUAGUCAGGCUGGCAUCAAAUGCCAGGUGGACAGAAUGUCGUUCCCGUGCGGCUGCUCGAGGGAGGGUUGUGGCAACACCGCCGGUCGGAUCGAGUUCAACCCCCUCCGCGUGCGCACGCACUACCUGCACACCAUCAUGAAGCUGAACCUGGAGAAGCGCGGGCUUCUUGGGGAGGCCCCAGAUGACCCCGAGGCGCCCACCCCGUCCCCCUCCAUGUCCCCCUCGCUGUCCCCGGGCUCAGACCUGGAGGCGGAAGCACGGGCGGUGCAGGAGCUGCUGGCCGAGCACGACAGCCUGGAGCGCGAGAACGAGACGGCCGUGCUGCACCUGCAGAGCGCAGAGGAGCGGGAGAGACAGAGGGAGCAGGAGGAGGUGGAGGUGGAGGUGCAGGUGCAGCAGGAGCCCCUCCCCGACCCGGCGCUCUGCCUCCUGACGAGGCAGCUGACAGAGGAGGCACGGGCCGAGGCCGUGGAGGGCAUGCUGAUCCAGGGGCCUUUCCCCGGGGGAGCGGCGCUGCUUUGCAUCUCCGAAGACCAGGUGGGUCAGCAGCUGCAGCCUGAGGAGCAACAGCAGCAGCAGCAGGAGCAGCCAGAACAGGAGCCACAGCAGCAGGAACAGGAGGGCUGCCUCCUGAAAGACCAGCCCGCCCCACUGCUGUACUACCAGAUAGGUCAACUGGAGGCCAGAGCCUUCCGGUCACGCGCCUCAGCUGAGGAAGCGGAGAGGGAGAGCACGGAGGGCGACCGGGGAGGAGAGGAAGACACGGAGAGCGAGGGCCACGAACAGGUGACCAGCGAGCAGAGCUCAGGUGAAAGCUCACCGGCGGUGGUUCCAUGCCCUGAGAGCAGAGGUGAGGAGGAGCCACCCAGCCCGCAGGAGGAGAGCCCAGACGGGCCGUGCCAGCAGGUUUGCCUCGUAUCAGAUCAAGAUGCACUAGAGCUCCCCACUGAAGUCUAAGUACAGCACCUCUGCAGAAGUUUUGCACAAGAUUUUGAAUAGAUUGAAGUUGAAGGGUAGACUCUACUCAUCAACGAGUAGAUUGUUUUAUUACUAAUGCUAUUAUUAUUAUAAUCAUUAUUGUUAUUAUCGAUAAGCGUUAUAUAAUGUUGAUAGGUAGAACUUGAAACAUAACUGUCAUUGAUGAAUUUAGUCAUUAUGAUCUGAAACACAAAUAUGGCAUUGAGAAGGCAGUCUGAAAUAUGAAAGCUACAUAUCCCGUAGGAGCCUUGCCUGGCCUGAUAAAAGAUACACAUUGACAAUGGUUCAAAACAAUAGUUUACCUUGAUGUAGGGCUGGGAGAUACAACUAACAUUUCCUGAUAUCAGUGAUGAGAAGCUCUUACUGACCUCAUUUAGCUCAUGUAGUUCACCUCCAGUUCAUUCCUCUGUGCCACCCAGAUUUCCAUUCCAUUCCAUGUUGCAUUCUUAAUAAAGUACAAGACCGCAUAAGCAUGAAUGGCAGUCUCACACAUACAUUACACAAGCAGACGCUCUCACCACUGUUCAUGGCUCCCUUUCAUUGUGGUGGGCACCAUAUUAAUUAAUUAAUUAAUCAAUCAAAUCAUCGAUUAUUGUUCAAGUGACAAAUAAUUGUGAAAUCAUCUUGAGGUUCUUGAGGUAACUUGUACGAAGCUAUCAUGGGUAUUGAUUUCAGGUCAUAUCUCCCAGCCCUAAUCCCAGCCCCAAUCUGAUGAGGCAAACUAAGUCUCCUAGUUUCCUGUCACACCCUGUCUUAGUGGAAGCUGGGAACUGAUGCCUCUGUGUGUGGCUUCACAAAGGGUGAAGUUAAUGUGGGGCUUACUGACCGGAGAUGGUACAGAUUAAUUGGCUACCCCAAAACAAACACAAAUGAUAAAAAAAAAAAAACGUUAGUUAACAGAGGCCACUGGUGUCAUCCCUCAGUGUGAAAUAGACCUAACUAAAAUCCUGGAGAUACUUGGUUUUUAUGUACUGUAUAAGCGUUCAUGACGAACAUAGUGAGCGUGUGUGAGAGAGAACCUGUAUGCACGUGAUAAACUUGAUUUGUGUUGUGAGUGGGAAAUUGGUCUGAAAGCAGACCAAAUUUUCUGUUAUUUCAUUUUAUUGCUUUUCAUCCUUUUAUGUCUAAAAACCACAGUGCCACUACAGCUAACCAGAGCUCCUUAUUUAUUACACCCAACUGUAGCGGUAAAUGUAGGAGCACUGACGAUGUUUCAGCAGUUUCAACAAUUUAUUGACUUGACAACUGAGGACCCCAAAAUUGGUUUCAUUUAAAUAUAAUUUGGGAGAAUGUCUAAAAUGAUGUGAGGUUAUACGGCUCAAAUGACACCCACUCUUUAUCGUUAUUUGUCUUGAAGUCUAAUAUGCCUUUUCAUUUUGAUGAGAUUAUUGAAUUUUGUUUACUUAUUGGUGGGUGCACACGAAUUAUCUAUGUACAAUGCAUGCACCUUUACAAUGGUAAAUCUUAACUGUGAUUUGCACAUUGACACUGUUGCGUCGCUGUUUUAAUCCCACCGGACAGCUGUUACGUAUUUUCCGUUGCAGUGAACAGGUUGCAGUAGGUGACAAUGUCCUUUUCAUUUAAAUAUAGACUUGAAUGUCAGACUGUGCACGUCACAUUAGUCAAGUCACCAAGUGUUGUCGUAGCCAAUUCAGAUUAAAUUGUAGAUUGAAAAGCAAUAUUCCCUUUUGAAACAAUGGGGACAAAAGCUGAAGUAUGUAAUACUUUUGAUUACAUCAAUACAUUACCCCAUUCAUUGACCUCAAAUUGUUUGAAUUUGCUCCCAUUGUCCUGACAUCACAGCUAUGUCCAUUUAGAUAUUAUAAAUAUUAUGGAAAUGUUCUUAAAAGCUUCAAGUCAAACUUAUUAAAUGUGAAUUAGAGUACAAAUAUUUAAAGAGAAGUCUUUUGAGGUGUUUUGAAGUGGUAACAAAGAACAUUUUUUUGUGCUGAAUUAUGUGAAAUGUAAGAAGACAAAAAAUUGUUCUUAGUCUAUUUGUGAGUAUGUGUGUGUGCGUGUGUAUGUGUGUGGGUGCUUGUGCGUGUGUGCACGCCCACAAUAAGGUCUAGAUGAAUUUCGAUGUUGUUCUGAGUGUGCCUCAGCAAAGGAAUGUGUGAUCAGCUGAUAAGUGUAUGUAGGUGGGUUAUGUUUUUUUUCAUAAAGGUGCUUCACAAAGUUCCUACCAUUUUGACAGUUGUGUCAUUUCAAUAGCUAUUUUCUUUGCAGUUGGUACAGAAGCAGAGUUGUGGAUGCCCAGUAUGUGUUUUUUUCCUCUGUUGAUAUGAGUAUUAGAGUCUGGUUUAAAAAGCUCUUCUCUUCAUUGUGUCAGUAACUUACACCCAUGGCACCGCUGUUGAAAUAUACUGUAUAAGUUCAAAUCAUUAGGACAUUAGAUUAAUUGUCAUUUACUCAUUAGUGAGCAUGGUGACACUAAGGAAACAGUUUCAUGCUUUUUUUUUUUUCCUUGUGUAAUGUCUCACAUUAUCAAAAAAAAGAGGCAGUCGCAUGAAAGUUAUGACAAAUGAGAACCAUGGCUGCUUCUCUUUGGUACUUUUCUCCUCAAAGUUGACCAUUUCACAUCCAUGGUUUGUUGUUUUUUCACUGUCAUCUGUAUGAAUAGCAAUGCCAUUAUAAGGAUAUGUUUUAUUGAUCAAGGUGAAUUUGAUUUCUGAAUUUUUGCCGUGCCAUGCCAUGCCAUGAUAGGUCACUGGCAUUGAGUCGUCUGGCAGCGAAGACAAGCCUGUAUGAUCAAAUUCCCCAAACCCCCACCCUUCUAUCUGAAGUCUGAAAAGACUCUUCAGUUCAUGCCCCCUAGUCCUAAUCCUAGUGGACGGCAUGGCAAGCGUUUGGUAUCAAUAAGAGCGCAAGACAUUUCUGUAUUGUGAUCUCGUUUCAUGUCAUGAUAGACAAAAGUUUGUAUGUUGCCCCCCCCCCUCCCUCCCCCCAUUAGAUUACCACUUUGCCUUUUUUUUUCUUUUUCUUAAUCGAUCCAUUUGUGCCCUCCUUGUGUGCAUGUUCGGUCUGGUUCAGUCUAGGCCUGCCAGCCUUGAAUAUUCUUCGACCUUACAAAGUCAUGAGUCUGAGUGCUGUGCUCACCGGUCACAAACAGGGCUGGGAGUGCUGACUGAGGCCACAGCUGUGUGCACAGUGAGGCCUGCUGUGUUUCAUGGCCUUCAUUUCAUUGUCUUAAUGUAAAAAAGUCUAUUUCAAAGAGAAAGCACUCAAGAGUUGCACCGAAACUAACCAGUGGUCUCAGAUCUGUAUGCUGCAUAAGGGGAGGGGUAACAGUCCCACAAAAAAUGACAGAAACCUCAUACUGUACAUUUUGCAUUCCAUGGGUCUGACCUCUCCUUUCCUCUCCUCUUCUCUGUGUGCUAGUGCUCUCUGCCAGGACUUCAUUGGUGCAGUGGGCAGAACUAUCGUCUUCUGCUGAUAAGGCCUGAGACCACUGCAUCAAAUGAAAUCCAGCCCAUUCUGUGAUUGCCUUUGCAUGUGUGUGUCUGUGUGUGUAUGUGCGCGUGCUGGAGAAGGAGAGCUGAUGGGCUGGAGCGACUCUGAUGCUAAUUGUUGCCUACAGAAGAGAUACACAUACAAAGUUUUUUUUUUUAUAUAAAAUGUAAGAAAAAAAAUAAAUGAAUUCAAAAAUAACGAA